GCAGUCCGCUCGCUCAUUCCAAACUGCCUGGGUAGUCUGGGAAAAAGCUCUCUCUGUCUCACUUAUCUUGCUCUUGUUCUCUCUCUCCCAUUCUGUCUCUGUCUCUCUCUUUCUCGCUCUCUCUUGGUGUGUGUUUGUGGAGCGUGAUCAGUCUGAGGGAAUAAACUAGGAGGAUAAAAAAGAGGACCCAUUGUUUACCUGCCACUGCCUUUUCAGCCGCAAACCAGAGCACAGCAACCAAUGGUCAUGGUUAAGGAGAAAGGUAACCAAAAAUUGGCUCAUGCUCAGGACGCACACCCCCCCACAGAGAAGCCAGUGAUCCAGUGCUGUAAGUGUGGUGAGCCAUGCAGGGGAGAGGUCCUGCGUGUGCAGUCCAGGCACUUCCACAUCAAGUGCUUUACCUGCAAAGUGUGUGGCUGUGACCUGGCCCAGGGGGGGUUCUUCAUGAAGAACGGAGACUACCUGUGCACCCUGGACUACCAGCGCAUGCACGGGACCCGCUGUAAUGGCUGUGGGGACUUUGUGGAAGGGGAGGUGGUCACUGCACUGGGGAAGACCUACCAUCCCACCUGCUUUGUCUGUACACUCUGCAAACGGCCGUUUCCUGCGGGCGAUCGAGUCACCUUUAAUGGGAAAGACUGCCUGUGUCAGCGCUGCGUACAGCCUAUGUCUCCAUCUCCCAAAGACAUCACCAGCUCUAGCAAUUGUGCUGGCUGUGGCAGAGACAUUAAGAAUGGCCAGGCUCUGUUGGCACUGGAGAGACAGUGGCACCUGGGCUGCUUCAAGUGUAAAACCUGCGGGAAGGUCCUGACUGGGGAGUACAUCAGCAAGGAUGGCUCUCCAUAUUGUGAGAAAGAUUACCAGAUACAUUUUGGGGUGCAGUGUGAGGCCUGUCACCAGUAUAUCACAGGGAAGGUUCUAGAGGCGGGAGACAAACACUACCAUCCCAGUUGUGCACGAUGCAGCAGGUGCAACCAGAUGUUCACAGAAGGAGAGGAAAUGUACCUGCAAGGAUCCACAGUGUGGCAUCCAGACUGUAAGGACAACACCAGGGCAGAGGAGAGACACAGGUUCAUUCCCCCCUCGAUAGCCAACAUCCACAAAACAGAAAGGCAGCCGACGAGGUCGUCGUCCGAGAGUAUUUGUUCCCGACCUGGUUCAAGCAUACCUGGCUCACCGGGUCAUACCAUCUAUGCAAAAGUAGACAAUGAGAUCCUUGACUACAGAGACUUAGCAGCCAUCCCCAGAGUCAAGGCCAUUUAUGACAUUGAGCGCCCAGAUUUGAUUACCUAUGAGCCCUUUUACAGCACAUCGCUGGAAGAGAAACAGGACAGGCAGAGUGUGGGAGAGCCUGUGACCUCCAGACGAGAGAGAUCGCCCCAGCUGGACCAAUGUCCCCCCAGCACCAGUAGAGACAGCUCACCCAGGCGCAGUGAAACACCGCAGACCCCUAGACCUGACCACUCCCCCAUUCUGGAGGAGAGAUCUCCACGGACACUCUCUCCCACACCCUCUGCAGAAGGUUGCUAUGAUCCAAGAGACCGCAUCAUUCAGAGAUCCACCAGCCAGGGCUCCAUUGGCUCACCCGUAUACAAUCGCCAUAGUUACACACCCACCCUGUCACGGUCGCCCCAGCACUUCCACAGACCGGAGCCGCUGACAGGAAUGCAGAAGCUCUGCUCCUCCUUACGCGGUGGCCCCGCCCACAAUGACUCCCGCCCCACCUCCCCUUUCCGUCACCACUUCAUGCCCCAUAACAAAGAUUCCUUCUACUUAGGCAAUGAGCCGUCCAGUGGUCGGAACUCCCCUCUCCUCUCUCGGUCAGACAGCCGCCCGGUCACCCCAACUCUCUCUUUGAACCCUAAACAUUUCCAUCUCCCAGAUCAAGGCACCAACAUUUACAGGAAACCUCCGAUCUACAAGCAGCACGAUUCAGCUGCAAUGGCUGCACAAAGCAAGUCUGCCGAUGACAUCAUCAAAUCCGCCAAGUUCCCAGCAGCCUACGCUCCUGGCCCGGACCAAACACCAAAGAUUGAGACAGACUACUGGCCCUGUCCACCCUCCCUUGCUGCAUUAGGUUCAGAUGGGAGGCGUCGCUCACGGGAGGAGGAAGAGGAGGAGCUUCAGAAAAGGAGACAGCUUCAGGAGGAGCAUCUCAACAAGAUCCAGUCUGGUUUGGGGAAGCUGAUCCUGAAGGAGGAGAUGGAGAGGGAGCUGAACCGGGAGCGCUACACCCGAAGUGUGUCCGCCCAGCGCUGUGACCCCCAGUACACCAACUGUACCGCAGACCCCAGCUCCCCAUCAUCCAAAACAUCUUCGUUGCCUGGAUAUGGAAGAAACGGGCUCCAUCGGCCCCAAUCAACAGACUUCACCCAAUAUAACAGCUAUGGGGACGUGUGUGGAGGGGGAAGAGAGUUCAAGGUAAGUAGUUAACACACAAGUGUGUCACAAUGCGCUUGAGGUGUUUCCACAGUUCAGAGCAUGCUCACUGUCUUGCAUGUCCAUGUAUGUGCAGGAUCAUGUCACGUUGUUGAGCUACACAUUUACCGGAAUGCAGCUCGCAGCCAUCUGCUACGCUUACAUAUAUGUUCUGUUCAGUGAGGAUGAGGAUUGCACACGUUCCCACAGAGCCCGUGUCUGAAACCUUUAACUCUACAUGACAGGAAAUCCCAGAGACCCAUGUUUUUAUGUGGUGUAUAUUCAUAUACCAUUAAAAAAGGGAUUGUGUUGUUCAUAACAGUCAAUUUGGAUUGCAAGUCCAUUUGAGUGAGACACUUUAAUCUAACUGCCCGAUAAGAUGAGGCAAGUCAUCAAUUGUCACCACACCUCUUUUGACUAUGAAAUAUGACACCAUUAGUGGGCGUGGUCAGGAGGUGCCAGAACCAUUCAUGUUAUGUCCCUGGGAGUUGUCGUGGUUAUGGCUGAGCGCCUUCUUGUGUGCUAGUGGCAGGGUGACUGUUUUUCCUGUGGAGCACCAACAGGCUUUAUCAGCAGGCUGAAGACCUAAGCCAAAAGCAUUUUUUUCUACCUAUCACAUAUGUGUGUUUUGUUCUGUAGCCCAUUCAGGAUGGCCGCGAACCCAUAUC